AAAGAGUUGAACACAUAAUCAAGAAAAAUGCAGUCAAAUCAACCUCCACCUACAGAACCACCUCCAGGAUACCAAGGCUCCGGUUAUCCAGGCCCGGGUUAUCCAGGCCCAGGUUAUCCAGGUCCCGGUUAUCCAGGCCCGGGUUAUCCAGGCCCAGGUUAUCCAGCUGCCCAGGUCCAAGCUGGAAUUCCUCAGUAUGCUUCUGGAUUUCCUCAGUAUGGAGCUCCAUCAACUUUUCCAGUUCAACCUAAUGCAGUGGCUUAUGGAGCUGUGCCAGUUCCCAGUAUGCCUGCUGCAGCUUUACCUGUGGUUUGGAUGCCAACCCCACCAGCAACUCCCAAAUGCCCACCUGGAUUAGAAUAUUUAAGUCAGAUUGAUCAGCUGUCAGUUGAACAACAGAUUGAGCUUAUGGAAAUGAUAAGUGGCUAUGAAACUUGUAACAGAUAUGAAAUUAAAAACUCUGUGGGUGAGUGGAUAUACUUUGCAGCUGAAGAGAAUGAUGACUACACUCUGAACUGUUACGGGCCUUUGAGAUCGUUUACCAUAAAACUCUUUGACAGUAAAAACCAACCAGUCAUACAAUUGUCAAGGGCUUUCCAUUGCUCCAUUUGCUGCUGUCCCUGUAUCUGCUGCCUGCAAGAGCUUGAGGUUCAAGCACCACUAGGCACAGUCAUUGGAUAUAUUAACCAGACGUGGCACCCCUGCCUGCCCAAAUUUGUUAUCCAGAAUGAGGCCAGAGAAAGCGUUUUGAAGCUGCAUGGACCUUGUGUGCCAUGCCGUAUUUAUGAGGAUAUUCAUUUUGAGGUGAAGUCUUUAGAUGAAAAAACAACAGUUGGAAAAAUCUCUAAGAAAUGGACAGGAAUAGCAAGGGAAGUUGCAACAGAUGCCAGCAGCUUCUUAAUCCAAUUCCCAAUGGAUCUUGAGAUUAAAAUGAAAGCCCUUGUGCUUGGAGCUUGCUUCCUAUUGGAUUUCAUGUUUUUUGAACGUGGUAUAUCAAGGCGCGAGAACCGGACAUAACCAGAUGAUAUCCACCUUUUCUCCUAGCUUCAGAGAAAAUUCUAUACUGUCGCUUCUGUUGCUUGACUGGCAGUUAGUCUAUCACUUGCUUAUAUGAGAGAUUUGCAUGAAAAGAACAUAUUGUUGAAAUCUCUGCUUAUGCCCACAGUGCUCUCACAUAUGCAAGCAACCAGAUCAUGGGCUCGUACGAGGCAGGGAGUGUUACUCUAGAAUAUAUGAUAUAUUAAAUCACAGCAAAACUCUUUUACAACUGGUCACAGUGCUUCUAGAGGGAUUCCAAUCAUAUCCCCAGAUGAGAGAUCUUAUGGUUGAAUAGGAACCAUGGAGGGAAUCACUUCCUUUUCUUCUGUGCCUUGAUGGAUAUCAGCAUUUUCAAGAGAGAGGAAGAGGGAGAGGGAGAAAAGACUGUAUCCUAUAUCUGAGAAAAUAUAAUGCAAAAAUAAAAGAUCAUUUCUGUUUGGGGCAAUUCAAGUAAUAACCUAAAUAGUGCUCUCACUGUAAUAUAUAUUGGCUUCAAUAUAUGUUUGUAAGAUUUAACAAAAUCUUUCAGCACUUUUCUCUA